UGCAAGAAGUUGCGGCAAUAAUCUUUGUAUAGCAGUCGUAAAGUAUUUUCCUCGAAUGUACGCCGAUCGCAGCUGUAACCUUAGUCAUUUUCUUUGAAGUUAUUUGAGCGUUCUGACAACCAGAAAAGGUUCAAAUUCUAUGAAAAUCAUGAUUAAUACUGGCAAUGAUACUUUAUUCUGUCCUAUGUCCAGUUCCGCUUAACGCUUAGAUUUUUUAUAUUCAUGCAAAAAAAAUUGAUGCAUACGUAUUCAUAUGCAUCGCGCAUUUCCAACUAUUUUUACUCUGCAACAAUACGUACAGUUUUCAAAAAGCGAAAUGCAAUGCUGAAUUCUGACACCAAUUACAUGAUUAAUUAUGUGGUUAAAUCAAGCACAUUUAGCUAGGAUUCCUGCUCUUGAACACAUCGAUAUUAUCGUCGGUACGAACUGAUGCGCUAAAACAUUUUCAACCCUCCUGAAAAUUCCCCGCGGUCCGCGCACGGUUUUGAACCAUUUCCGCACAUUUCUUCCACUACCUCAAAUUAUCUGAAUGGUGUGUUGAGUCAGUUGUUUGAUGCCCGAAGCCGAACGUAAUUGCGGACAAAUCAAACGGACCAGACACUGGCGUGAGGCUGAACUAAUCGAAACGGGGGCGGUGACAACAAACACGAAGUGGGUACUUGAUUCGUGAGGAGGAGAAUCCGGCGUUGGCAGCAGAACCAGUGAGACGGGUUUUUCUGAAAGUAAAGAAAACUAGUGAAUACGAAGGUAGGAAUGAAAUUCUGCGCCUCCGCGCGCCAUGCGACGUUCUAGGCUUACGCAGAAGUGAGCCGAAUUGGAUUAAACAGUGGACCACAGUGACCACGGCUGGACUGCACGACCGCACGCUGCAGUGACACCCGUGACUAUAUCUAAAAGCGGACACAGUGGACUGCAACGCGAGCGUAAAUCUUAGCCGAGAGGUGCAGAUAACAUCAGACUUCCAUCUGAAAAUCCGGUGUCUGCAUUGCAAGUUUCGAAAUGUCGUGCGAAGGUUUCUAGCGAAAAAUCUGCGGGGAAAGAAAUUAGCAAGAUAAGUAUAUAAUGCGCAUACACAUCACCGAUUAGUUGUUUUAGAAUUUGAUAAUGAGAAUUUUAAUUCGGCUGCUGUGAAGCUUAUGGCAAAAGUUACAACUCUACUGCUCGUUUACGGACAGUUCGUCAAAGUGACUUCGAUGCACUUGCUCUCUGAGGAUGUAUAAAUACGUUGUUUAAAUGUGGUCCUUUUUUCAGUUGCCAAGUAGACAGCUGUCGCUUCGCAGACGAAACUCUGAAGAGCCUGUUCACGAGCCGACAAAACGCAAAGAGCGGAGUACAAUCACAGAGUUGCGACAGGCUGCAUUACCAGAAGUUUUAAUUCAUAAGGCAAUCGGCUAUAUUGCCUGAAAUUGGUCGUCGUCCCGAUUGCGUUUGCUAUUCAUAUUGAAGCGUCUGCGGGUUCGUUGUAUACAUAGCCUAGGCUACAUCUAUACAUACGCACCUUAGGCACAAUUAGACUAGCCGCGUCUAGAGAAAUUGUUUUGCCGGAAGAAAACCCGAUUCUAAAACCCAGGAACCAAACUGUGUCGGCAUUUCUCCCCGUUUUGCGGACAGAAAACCAGGACAAUCAUUAAGCAUUUUUUUCUUCGCGCGGCUAUAACGAACCAACCUCAGUAAAGUCAUCAAGAUGCAGAAAGCGAUGCGACACAGCCUUUGGAGUUAAUAUAUUGGGAGCAAUAGGCGAUUAUUUAUAAUGGUUCAUUAACACUGCGUUUUUGUUCGUUUAGUACCCAUCAUGUGAAGAAAAAAAAAAUAUAUAUAUACUUUUCAAGUUUUAAAAAGGACGACCACAUUGAUGAACGAUGGCUUAUACCUUUAUGGAAUCAAUACAACAUCAAUUCCAGAAGUCAAGCGUCGCAUCCCUUUAGAGCGAGGGCGGUGGGGCAAUCCAUUCUUCCACAGCACGGCGUCUCUUGGCUUGAAGACAGCGAAAGAGACGGGUUGAGCAUCUUGAAAGACGUCUGCAGCUGAAGUUCCAAAAAACAAACAAACAAACAAAAAAAAAAGAACAUGUAUCUCAUCCGUCCACUGGAGGUUCUCACUCUCUGGAUUAUCUGCAUCUCGGGGGCUGACGCUGAGCUGACCUGUGACACGUUGCUUCUGUUGUCGGGAAACCUCACACUACGUUCGUUGGUAGCAUGGAACCUGACCUCGACCCCCAGCAACGUUACCGGUGUGUUCUGCAACAUGUCCAUCGACGGGAUCGGGACCUGCUGGCCCCGGAGUCGCGCCGGAGAGCUGGUGACCCGGCCCUGUCCCGAGUUCUUCUACGGAGUGCGCUACAACACCACGAACAACGUGUACCGGGAGUGCCUCCCGAACGGGACGUGGGCGAUGAAGGGGAACUACUCGCAGUGCCAGGCCAUCCUGACCGAGGAGAAGAAGAGCAAGCUGCACUACCAGAUUGCCGUGAUCAUAAACUACCUGGGCCACUGCAUCUCUCUGGGGGCCCUGCUGGUGGCAUUCCUCCUCUUCAUGCGCUUGAGGAGCAUCCGCUGCCUGAGGAACAUCAUCCACUGGAACCUGAUCACCGCCUUCAUCCUGCGGCACGCCACCUGGUUCAUCGUCCAGCUCACCAUGAACCCCAAAGUGCACGAGAGCAACGUGAUCUGGUGCCGGCUGGUGACGGCGGCGUACAACUACUUCCACGUGACCAACUUCUUCUGGAUGUUCGGCGAGGGCUGCUACCUGCACACGGCCAUCGUGCUCACCUACUCCACCGACAAGCUGCGCAAGUGGAUGUUCAUCUGCAUCGGCUGGUGCAUCCCUUUCCCCAUCAUCGUCGCCUGGGCCAUCGGCAAGCUGUACUACGACAACGAAAAGUGCUGGUUUGGGAAGCGGGCAGGCGUUUACACGGACUACAUCUACCAGGGUCCCAUGAUUCUCGUUCUGCUGAUCAAUUUCAUCUUCCUCUUCAACAUCGUCAGAAUCCUCAUGACGAAGCUGCGAGCCUCGACCACGUCGGAGACGAUACAGUACAGGAAAGCAGUGAAGGCCACUCUGGUGCUCCUCCCUCUGCUUGGGAUCACCUACAUGCUGUUUUUUGUCAACCCCGGAGAGGAUGAGAUCUCCCAGAUUGUGUUCAUAUAUUUCAACUCAUUUCUGGAGUCCUUUCAGGGUUUCUUCGUGUCCGUGUUCUACUGUUUCCUGAACAGCGAGGUGCGGUCCGCGGUCCGGAAGCGGUGGCACCGCUGGCAGGACAAGCACUCGAUCCGGGCGCGGGUGGCCCGCGCCAUGUCCAUCCCCACCUCGCCCACGCGGGUCAGCUUCCACAGCAUCAAGCAGUCCUCCGCGCUGUGAGGGCCGCCCUUCCUCCUCCGGGCCGCCAGGGGGCGCUGUGAACAGAACAGGGUAACGCUCGUUUGAUGGAGACGCGGUGCGCGGGGAGGGCAGGUUCCGGCCUCACUUCUGCUAAAAACGGGGGAGGGUGGGGGCCGCACCCCACGGAACACCGGCGGUACACAAGUCAGGGAUGAGAGACCAAAAAAAAAAAUGUUUUUUGAAGAUCGCACUGGUAGCUUUCUGGAAAAGACCAUUUCUUUGUUUCCCGUUGUACGGCCCUCUGGUUGGAUUUUGUCGAGAUUCUUGUGACCCUUGUCGGAUAAACGCUUGAUUCUGAGCGGUGUAACCCGUUUUUUUUUCGACCUUUUUUUCAACCUCACUCCUAUACACCUCGACUGUGAUUACACUCUGAUGGGAUAACAGGACCAGGAUACCAAUGCAUGGGGAAUUAUACAGAAAAAAAAGCCAAAUCCACAUUUUCAGGUAAUCCUCGUUUGUAACUGGAUACUUCCCUCUAAAUAUUUUUUUUUUUCCUUUUUUGUUCUAAAAGACACAUGAAUGGAUGGAAUUGUACAGUGAGAACUACGUUAUAUUCAGAAAUAUUGCAGAGAAUAAGCCUCCAGUUCAUCAUGAAUCGACUGAAGGAAGAACUUUCUCCAUUACCGUCUGACCUACUGUCUGUGAUAACCUGAAGCAUUCCCCCACCCAAUCCCAGUACUUAUCGAGUUAUUGUAAAGGCAUAUUAUCUCACGUUUAAAGUGCAGUGCUUAUGGUGUUCGGUUAUACACACGCUGUGUACUGUAGCCUGCAGAACGUUGCACAAAUCUUCAAAACGUGACUCUGAAAAUGAGACGUUUGUAAUGUUUCAUUUUUUCCCCCUUGGAUGGAGAGCACACUUUCCACUCUUGACAAAAAAGGACUGAGGAUCGGCGCUUGGGAAGACUGACGAGGUGCGAACGAAUUUUACCUGAACCAUGAUGAGCUAAAAAAAAAAAAAGAAAGGAUAACGGAAAAUACACAAUCCAGACGGACUGACUGGGGGGACAGCCUUCUGUGUGCUGGUCGUGCAGACUGGGAGGAAUGCGCCAGUGUCAUAAGGAGGGAUUUCCUUCUCCUGCGAUUGCUUUUUUUUUUGAGAAGAAAAGCUGUCGGUUUGUCGCGUCUCUAAUCUCUGCUUUCCUCCUCGCCUGGCGUUCCGCUCGCGCUUCGACCGCCGUGCUCGUGCGCACGUAGCCGGCGACAGCUGGGAGAGCUCGUGGUCUCGCAUCCACGAUGAACUUCACGUCGGUCGAGGUUCGGCUCGGAAGCACGCGCACGCGGAAGGACAGCUUGUGUCAUGUGAAGCAAAAGGAAAGACUUUGAGUCGCAUCCUCCAGUGAAGCUCUGCGAAGAGAUGAAUGUAAUUGAUGAAUAUCUCACAAGUGUGCACACACACGCACACACACACAAGUGCAGGUACACACACAGCCGCACUCCCGCAGUCUGCGCACACACACAUUUAAUCGCUCGAUUAAAUCGCACGAAAACGGCUGGGAAACACAACUCCGGACUGGAGCGUGGAUUUUCCAACUCCGGUGCACCAACUCCCAACUCCUGCUUCUUUGUACGCGCAUGCUAAAGGUUCGAUCCCGGCUUUCUCUCGCGAACCGCUACCAAUUCAAUCACCUGACUGCCUUGAAAGCACACAUAUCAUGCUCCCUCAACAAUGUGAUGACACCGCAUUAUCACUGCAACGUUUCAAAUUAGUGGCAGUACGAAAUUAACUUGUUUUUUUUGGGGGGACGGGGGGGGGGGGGGGGGGGGGACCCGCAGUGUACAUGACCUUAUUGUUUGCGAUGCGAUUGGACAGGUUACCGCCGCCGCUGUGCUGGCCCGGGUCAUCGAACACACGCCCGAUUUCCGCAGAGCAAUUAACGCGCCGAUCUCGUCUCCUCUCCCGCUAAUUAAAAGCCGCUCCUGCAGAACGAAAGAGAAAAUGAAACGCCGCCGCCUCCCUGUCGCGUCCCGUCAGCAAGUAGAAGCCGCUGGCCUGUGACUGGCGUGAGGUACACAGCGAGCGGAGAGUGGAAUCUGUAAACACGAGCGCUCGACAGGGGAAGCGCUGUUUUCCAGCGCGGGUUUGGGUCUCAACAGUCCGCCCCUGUGUUACCGCGGUAACAGGCUGCCGUGCUGUGCUCCUGGACCUGUUCGGUCGGCUGUGAAAUGCGAUGAUCUGUCACGUUCGUUCUUCUCUUCGGUUGCUGGAAACGGAAAAGUUUCACUUCGGGGUUGCUCGGUUCGCGAGUUGAGCGACUUCGGUCGGGAGCGCCGUGAUUGGACGUUCCACAUUCCAAAUUGUUUCGAUUGGUUGCCGUGAACAGCAGGCCAGCACAGGGGGCACACAGCACAUUCUCAGCAGCUGAUCCAGGACCACCUAACCCGAAAACUUUAAUUUAUCCCGCAAGUUAUCCAAGUUCCUGAUUAAUAAAAGACAGAAGUGGCACUCUUUGGAUGAAUGUAAUGACCGUGUGACCCCUGGAAGACCCGUUCAAAUGUGUGCUAACACUUUUAUUUGAGCAGAAUUGAUAAAUUAAUUACAUAUUGAUGCAUUAAAACAUAUUUCUUUCAGCUUUUUAACUGGGAUAUAUUAGCAAUCAGUAAUGUUUCAAUAUUUAACAAUAUUCACAAACCAAAAACAUGGUAUUGCUUCCAAAUAUGUAUAUGACAUUAAAUUGAAAUAAUAAUAAUAAAAAUAAUAAAAUCAGCUAAAGGUUCCUGGUUGAUGCUAGUCUCUAAGCCUUGUGGUAUCAGCUGUGAUCUCAGUAGGCUUUAAUCUCUGAGGCUCUUGCAUUGCAGUCCGGGUUUAAGUAGAGCUCUCGCAGCUGGGAUCAGACAGUGGCGCUACGCUGUCCCGCCUCUAUGGUACGUGCGCUCCCUCCGCAAAUCCGCCGCCAUUCUGCCCUGUGAUUGACAGCUCUUCAGGAAGUCAGCGUUGCCCAUCCUAUUAGGCAGAGGCCUUCCGUUGUUCUUGGGUCUGAAUACGUCUGGAUGAGCGAGUGAGUGAGCGAGCGUGCGUUUGAGGCACCGUUGGGACUCCGAAUGUCUUUUCCCCGCAGAUCGCUGAGUCCUUCCGAACGAACGUCGCGUUGUGGCUCCAGGGUGCGAUUUACAUGUGAAAAAAAAAAACAAGGAAACAGCACCAUGUAAUUAAGUUGAUAGAUCACGGCUGUGAUGUCGGGAGACUAGGUCCAGGCCCCCCCUCGCUAAGAUCUGCUCCAAAAAGUGGGCACCGUGUGAUUAAUUAAAAGCCGUUUUUCGUGAAGAUGCCUCUGCUUCCCCCCCCCCCCCAGAGAGCCCAGAGCGUGUAUCAUUUGGGGGGUGCAGAGGGAGAACAGAACACUGCAGCCUACUGAGAGUAUGACAUAUUCAUAUUUAUGAAAACGGUCAUGAAUAAAUGGAGAGAUCAUAGACAACUAAAAUUAUAAUUGCAUUGCGGUGAGUCUUGUUUUUUUCCCUGGAGCCCAAACAUCUUUGAAAGCAUGAAAGAGUGUAAAAAAAAAAAAAAAAAAGGAUCUGAUUUUCAUGCGUAACUACGGCGCGCACUUUUCAAAGAAAAAAAUAUAAUGUGCGUUCCCUUGUGACGGAUGCAAAGUGAUUUGGGGGACCGGGUCAUUGUUUUUUUCCUUUUUGAGUAUUCAAAAAAAUGAAUUGAGUACUGCAAUGUAAAAAAAAUUCAUACGGGCUGCUGCUUCAUACAAUAUGAGCUGCACAACUAAUGAUUUCAUAAUGAUCCGUAACUUCCCUUAUGAAUGGAAGAACUCUACAUGAAAAAAUGCUGGUGCGCCCUGUAAUCCUAUCAUCAGUUAAAGGAUAACUUCAGUUUCGUUUGUUUGAAUUGCACCAUGCUGAUCGGUGGUGGGAGUAAUUUUGUCGGAUCUUUCUUCGUGCGGCUUUGGUCAUCCCAAGAAUCGAUCCGCUCUGUCUGUGUUGUCGUCUAAUGUGGCCUCGCAAACAAACCUUGAAAUGCCUUCUAAAUGUGUUUUUUCCAUUAAAUUAAAGCUUUAUUAACAUAUACGAAUGUGUUUAACAGAUAACUGUGAGCUAGAAAGAAAGUGGUCUGUGAAAUGAAAUGCCAGACACCAAAUGCCUGGUAAUGGACCGAGGGGAAAAUGACGUCAGUGAGCGUCUGCUUCAGGCCGUGUGGUUAUUGUUUUGAGGGAGACUGUUUAAUGGACAUUUCAAGGUUCAUUUUCAGGCCCCCAUUAGUGCUUGGGCUGAGCGAAACUCCGCAAAGAAAGAUGUGACAAAAUGAUCAUUAUCGAUGUGCACGGGCGAAAUAAUUUUGAAAAAUGAGUCCAAAUUGGGGAAAAAAAAACAAACCCAAAUAUAUCCUUAAUGACCGAACUGAUGCGCCACAAUGAUCAACAUACUCGUAAAAGUAAAAGCCAAUCUGUUGUUUUGUUUGGAUUUAGAUGCCAAUCUUAAGGAUUUUUAUUUUUAUUUUUCUGAAACAUCUAUUUUGAUCCUUUAAAAAAAAAAAAAUUUUUUUUUAUUAAUAAUCCCCUUUUUUUCUGAGCAUGUAAAUGUUAACAUUUCUUGUCGAUUGUAUCCCCGUCACUCCGAACAAAAGAGGCUUAUGGAGCCGUUCGGUAGAGCGACGCACGAAAGAGGAUCCUGGCUGUGGGCUCUGGGGUAGGGAGAGGAGGCAUUGUGUAGGGAGCUCUCGAUCGAUGCUCAUUUCAUCGCCCAACAGCAGGGAAUUAUGGGUGGAACUGCAGAUGGAGGUGGAGAUGAAAAGUGAGUGAGGAGACGUAUGGCCGAUUGUACGUUUGUUCUUUUAUUCUCUCUUCUGAAGAACGUAAACACUGUCACCGUAGGGCUGGGUCACUGGAGCUGCUUAGGAUGAGGGGCUUUUCUAGAGCAGAAUGCUUAUUUCACUGGCUCAGGAUUUUGAAAGCAGAAUUUCAGUAUUGUGUCGGGUGGCUCAGCCAGUCUCCCACAACGGCUGCUCGAGCCAUCUGAUAAAUGUAUCGAAUGCUACUUUUUUUGUAAGGCGACACAACCCAGAAAAAAAAAAAAAAAAAAGAAAGCUUUCUAAUUGUGCACAAGGAAUCCAGGUGUAUUAAAGCUCCUCACACCAUCACAGCUGCUGUGAGCGGGUUCUAGGCCCGAGAUCGUGCCCACCAUGUGAAUGUUGCCCAGUUAGAGGUGAUCAUGCCUUUGUUGGCAAGUUUAUAUACAUAUCAGGGGCGUUUAUCAUUACAAAUAUUGUUUAGACAUGCGAUUGACUUGGCAUUCGUCCAUGAUCUUGUGGAAAAACUUGAUGUGAUGUGAAGCACAACGUGUGGAACUGUUGCUCGCAGUUUUGAGGAAAUGCCACACUCCUGAACACCAUUAUUAAUUUGCUAGUUGGUGAAUACUGCAUGUUUUGCAGACUAAGACGUCCGUGCAGCCAUUUUCAAAUAGUAGGAAGAAGCUCCUAACUACUGCAGAGUCCUUAUUGGCUAGUUUUGUAGCACCACAGCCCAGUCUAUUGUUGGGGGAAUGGAACGUUAAAUUAAUUCACUUGCAUAAAAUUUAAUUUUUAAUUUUUUAUUUAAUUUGGGUUCUCUGGAUAACCCUGUAGUGUGGGCCCCUCCACGAUAAUUUUUUUUUUAAUUUGUAGAGAUUAUUUAUAUUUUUUAGCAUCAUGAUAUAAACAAAGGGGGAGGGGGGGACCAUCAUUUUAUGUAAUCACCCAAGCAGGUUUAUCAUAGUUCAACGUGUUAACGAUCCCCAAUGGAAAUAAAUUCCACUGAAAUAUAUCGCAAUAUUUAAUUUAAUUUUUUAAAAAUUUGUUUUUAUUUUUUUUGGUUCAGUUGUCAGCAGUGACUCAUAACUGGCCUGUGUUGAUUAUCUCAUGGGUUUCUCUUCCCUUUGUGCUUCAGCUCCUGUUACAUCGCUGGCACUUCACUGCAGUUGUUGUCAAGACAACACUGUUUAUGACUGACGUGUGACCCCCCUCACGUCAGUGAAAUACAGCUCUCCUGUUGGCCAUUUUCCCUUUUUUAUUUCGCACUUCAUUUGUUCUUUCUUUCUAAAAUCCAGACACAGAAGAAGGCUUCAGCCCCUCUUUCCCACAGUACUCUAACAGCAUCGGUCAGGCGUUCAGUUUUCAGGUAUUUUAUUGAUGGUCUGUUGUGUUCGUGUGGCAUUAAAACACGUUUUUUUUUUUUUUUUUUCAUUUUUAUUUAUUGAAACUGUUGUCACCCAGAAUUUUAUAUAUAAUGCUUUUUGUUCACGGUAAAAGUUGUAACUAAGAUAAACGAGGGUCAGAUUGUGUAUUUUGUAUGUUGGGGGGAAAAAAACACUUUCAGUGAAGAAGACUAUUGUGCAGUGAGUAAGAUUGAGACAGUGUGUCGUACGUGUGUUUUGUUUUCAUUGUUUUGUGGAAGGAGUUGUUAAUUUAUUAAUUUAGCUAUUUUGUGCUUCUUUUAUUUUUUCUUUUUUUUUAAUGUUACAUAUUGGAAAAGAUGGAAUUGUACAUACGUAUUGUAAAAUGAAAAAUAAACUUAAGCAUAUAUUGAAAUUCUAAGAAUUGUAUGAUAAUAGUGCUUAACUGUGCAUUAAAAUGUGUUUUUCUAAA